AUGACGGCCAGCAAGACCUACACGUGGGAUCGCGCCAACCAGUACUGCGCCAACCUCGGCUCCGGCUGGCAGGGCAUCAGCAUCGGGACUCACCAGGAGGACAGUCUCGUCAGGGAAGCGAUUAUAGAGGAUCGCCUACCAUGGAUUUGGACCUCAGGUCAUAUCAAGAACCAUGGCUUCGCCUGGGCUUCAGGUGAAGAAUUCGUGGACAACCGAGAGGGGAACGAGCACUGUCUGGGGGUUCUCAACAACGUCUACGAUGACGGCGUCAAGUGGCACGACAUCGCCUGCAACCACGACAAGGCCAUCAUCUGCGAGCGCAAAGUCCGAGUCCACGGAUGA